UUCACACGAUGAACGACAUCGUGGAGUUCGUGCAGAGGCUACCUCGCAGAGAUCCGCGUGAUCUUCUUGGAGAGUUCGGUGCUUUCAACCUUUUUGCCAUUUGGUGGACGUCAGUGCUCGUUUCUCUUGUCGUAGGAUGGGUCGUACAGAGACGCUAUCGACAUCAACAAUUCAAGAGAUGGGGAAUUCCUGGUCCUGAGGCGGAUUCAUUGAUUUUCGGCCACCAUCUGACGAUCCACAAGGACCCCGAGGAGGUUUUAAAUAGAUGGGCAAAACAGUACGGUCCGGUUUUCGGUCACUAUAUCGGAGACGUGCCUGUCCUGAAUAUAUGUGACCCUGACAUGGUGAAGGAGGUCUUCGUCAAGAGCGUCUCAAUAUUCAGAGAACGACCUCCUGUACCCCUGAGCCAGUAUCCUGUGGAUCAGACACUCCUCCUCGUCCCUCACCAGAGGUGGAAACGAGUCAGAGUCAUGCUGUCGCCUGCGUUCAGUGCGUCGAAGCUGAAGUUCAUGAUGAACCUCAUGAACCAGUCGGCGGAAACAUUGUUGGGCGUAAUAGCUAAAUAUGCGAGAACCAGGGAAGCGGUGUGCUUCUUCGAUCUGAGCCAGAAAGUCACACUGGACGUUAUCGCACGCUGCGCUUUGGCGACAAAGAUAAACUGCUUGCACGACGACAAGGAUAAGUUUCUGAAUGACGUGCGAGGCUUUCUGGCGAACUCCGACCACCUAGCGUACCAUUUGGCGCUCGGACUGCCCAUCAUAGAGAGACUGCUCCUCGUGAUCUCAAGAUUCACGAGCUCUUACGCAUUGAUGACUGGCUUGAUGGAAAAUAUCCACGAAGUCGUGAAAAGUCGGAGAGAUAGGGGGGUGAGGAUGGAGGACAUGAUCCAGCUGAUGAUGGACGCCGCGGAAAGUGGAUCCGACCGAAUCACCGAUGACGAGAUAGCCGCGAACGCUUUUCUCUUCCUGGUCGGUGGAUAUGAGACAACAGCCAUAACGACGACCAUGGCGUCGUUCCUGCUCUCCAAACACCCGGACGAACAAGAGAAACUCUACGCCGAAAUAAGCGCCGUAUGGAACACCGACGAAGCGCUCAAUUACGAGCAAGUGAGCAAGCUGAAGCAAACCGAAGCGUUCCUCUUGGAAACGUUGCGAAUGUAUUCGCCCGUAAUAACUAUGGUGUCAAGGCUGGGCGAUCAGGAAAUCAAGCUCGGUGGCCAUACUAUACCGGGCGGAGUCAGAAUUCAGGCGGCGGUUUCGUCGAUUCAUAUGAACGAGAAGUUCUGGCCGGAACCAGAGAAAUUCUCUCCGGAGCGCUUCCUCGACAACCACGCCAGCUCCCAGCCGCACUAUCUAGCCUUUGGGGCGGGUGCGAAAAUGUGCUUGGGAAAACGCUUCGCGCUCCUUGAAAUGAAAAUCACUCUCGCACACAUCUUGAAGCACUUCGAGCUGAAGCUAGCGACGCCCGGACAGGAAGUUCCCAAAAGGAAGUUGGUGAACGUCAGCCUAGUUCCGGUCGGAGACGUCCCACUGAUUGUGGAGCGUCGUCCCUAGAUUUCUCCGCCAUCGUGGGCUCGGGCAGCCCUCAACAUGUUCAACAGGAUUUAUCACGAGUCCAUCCAAGAUGUCUUCUUCCUCUCCACGCAAUAAAUACGUCUGGUCCGCUGGUCGGAUCAAUUGAAUUGUCGAUAUUGAA